CAUCCCCAGCAGGCUACAGAGGGAGUUCUGCUCCGCCGCUGACAUGGAGCCUUCGAAGUGCACUGGAUCUGUACUGAUUGGAGUUUACCUGUUGGCCACGUUCUGCUGUCAAGGCUGCCACGGCGGUGCGUACCAGAGGAAGCUGUACCGCGACCUCAUGGUAAAUUACAAUCGGCUGGAAAGACCCGUCCAAAACGACUCUGCGCCCAUCGUGGUGGAACUCGGCCUCACGCUGCUACAAAUCAUUGACGUGGAUGAAAAGAACCAAGUGUUGAUCACAAACGCCUGGCUGCAGCUGUAUUGGACAGACAUUUACCUGUCAUGGAACCCAGAGAGCUACCCUGGGGUUCAGAACCUGCGCUUCCCUUCCAACCUGGUCUGGGUACCGGACAUCCUCCUCUACAACAGUGCUGACGAAAGGUUUGAUGCUACCUUCCAUACAAAUGUGCUGGUAAAUGCUUCAGGAUCCUGCCAGUACAUCCCACCAGGCAUCCUGAAGAGUACCUGCUACAUCGACGUGCGGUGGUUCCCAUUCGAUGUGCAGAAGUGUGACCUGAAGUUUGGCUCCUGGACCCACAACGGCUGGCUGCUGGACCUCCAGAUGAUGGACGUGGACAUCUCCACCUACAUACCCAACGGGGAGUGGGAUCUCGUAGGUGUUCCGGCUAAGCGUAAUGAGCUGUACUACGACUGCUGUAAGGAGCCCUACCCCGAUGUGACGUUCACGGUCACCAUGCGCCGCAGGACACUCUACUACGGCCUUAACCUGCUCAUCCCGUGCGUGCUCAUCUCUGGCCUGGCCCUGCUGGUCUUCCUGCUCCCCGCUGACUCCGGAGAGAAGAUCUCACUGGGCAUCACAGUGCUGCUGUCUCUGACAGUGUUCAUGUUACUGGUAGCGGAGAUCAUGCCUGCCACUUCAGACUCCGUUCCUUUGAUUGCUCAGUACUUUGCUAGUACCAUGAUGAUUGUGGGCCUGUCUGUGGUGGUGACCGUCCUCGUGCUGCAGUUCCACCACCAUGACCCCCAUGGUGGGAAGAUGCCAAAAUGGGUCCGAGUCAUCCUACUCAACUGGUGCGCCUGGUUUCUCCGCAUGAAGAAACCUGGAGAGGAAAACAAAACAGCCGUGAGCUCCAGUACCCCUGCAAGCUACAAGUACUCCACCCACCCUCCUCCUCACCACACCAGCACCAACAGCAUCCAGAUGAGCACUAUACCAGGGCAGGCGUCUACGCAGUCCACCACGACCAACGGGAGCAUGAACCUGUACUUCGGCUACCACUCGAUGGGCACGGACAACCCUGCUUUCCCACCGAGCACCGAUUCAGGUGUGGUGGUGUGCGGUGGCGGUGGUGGUGGAGGCCACCCCAAUGGCUCUUCCCAACACGAAAUUCUCUCAGAACACACGCGGACUCUGCUGCUGGAGCAGGUUCCGGAGAUUUCCCGGAUCCUGGAGGAAGUGCAGUACAUCGCCAGGCGCUUCCGGGAUCAGGACGAGGGCGAGGCGAUCUGCAGCGAGUGGAAGUUUGCAGCGGCGGUGGUGGAUCGGUUAUGCCUGGUGGCCUUCUCGCUCUUCUCCAUCAUCUGCACCUUCACCAUCCUCAUGUCAGCCCCCAACUUCAUUGAGGCUGUUUCCAAAGACUUCACAUAAGGCUGAUCUCUUCCCUUUCUGAGAGGAGAUGGAGCUAACAUUGGAAGUCCUGCUGAGAUUAGAACUGUGCCACACGAGCCUCCCUGCUACAACUAUGUGACGCCUCACAACAUAUUUGAUAAGUGUUGUAACAUCUACAAUAGAUCGAACCAAACCUUGCCCUCUAUCAUCGCACAUCUCUUACCAGUAUAUGGUUGUUUAGGGUUGGUGUGAUUUUUCCCUUUUCAAAGUGGCUCUCCCCCACCUAACACCAUACAUACAGUAUGCCAUGUAGGAGGGUGAGGCUACGUGCGGUAGUUAAUGAUGUAGAAACUCACACUAAUGCACUUUUCAUCUGUAUCCCUGCUGACAUCCUUCACCUGCCACCCUUUGGUCUUCACGUCUCAUCAGAAUUUACCGUUAACACUCAUUCCCUUCCAGCUCUUUAUCUGCAACUUGUGUGAGCUCUCUUUCACUUCCUCUCCCCACUGUAGCACUUCUCAUCUUUGUCUUAAUGUCUUCAGCAGUUACAGACAGUACAGUCAAUAGAGUUCAUUUAAAAGUCUAGUCAUGUUAGUUUUGUAUUUUGUAAAAAAAAUACAUCGUACUUUAUUAAUGUGGUGACAUUGAGAUGAAAUCCUUUUAUUAAGUUGGUGGACUUACUGAGAGCUACCGACAUGUUAACUCACAGCACUGUACAUUACACGUCUUGAUUCAUCUGAUGAUAAUUGUUUAGAUUACUCUUUAUUAGUUGUUUUUGUAUAUAAAAUGAAAAAUAACACAAAAAAAACUAGUCCCUGGCAACGUAUUCCAAUUGCUUGUUUUAUCUGAACAUUUCAAAACUCAAAGAUGUUAAAUUUGCUCUCGAUUCCUUACAUUUGAGCAGCAGGAAAAUGCAAAUGUUUGUGAGACCAUGUUCACACAGUGGCCAUUUUCUAUUGGCGUCACGCACAGGAUGGGAAGCUUGAAUGCUGGGACGUCGUUAUGCUGCCGUGUUCUUGGUUGCAAGUUGUAUUAACUCAAGAAAAUCUGACAAAUUGCUAUUUCACAGAUUCUUGAUUGAUCAAGAACUGAAAAGAAGAUGGACAUUUAAAAUCUGGAGGGACAUCAGGCCUUAUAUCAGUCAAAACAAAAUUUUUGAUAACCCAUUAGCUAAUGUUAGCAUUCAACAACUUCCUAGCUAACACCAUUGGGUUACAUCCGAUGUGUUUCACUUCCAGGCUUUAAUGAAUUUGACCAAGAUGUGUGCUGAUAUUAGAAUUUAUUUACACCUAUUGUAUUGUAUCGUGACGCCAUCAAACAGGAAUUAGCUAUGACGUGUUUGAAAGCUAACAUUAGCUGAAGUCUAACGUUAACUAAUGGACUGUCAAAUAUUUUGAAGUGUCACCCAAAGUCCUUCUGGAUUUCCUGAUCAAUCAGGAUGCAAUUAAAUGGUAUCAACUUGUCAGAUUCCCAACAUAUAAGUCUAUACUGCAGGAACUCAGUUGUACAACACUGGAACUUACCACCAUGAGCACAAUGGUUGCUGUGUAAAUAUGGUCUAUUAACUUCCUCUCCAUUGACUAUUCCAUUCAUCGACGACUCAUUUCAGCUUUACACCAUGUCCUCGCCCUUCAUUUAUUGCCACUGAUAUUCUCAUUUCCUUCACAGCUUCAGGUUCAAUACCCAUUAAUGUGAAUAGAGAAAGUUUCACCAUUACCACUGAAAGUCGUACUUUAAUGGUGACUUUACUUUUGAAGACAGUUAUUAACAAAUACGUUUCAGAGUAUAUUUAGUGUGGGUGCACUCUUGCUCUGUGUAAAUGUCUCACAUAAAUUGACAGCGCAUUUAUCUUUUGAGAGUUAUUCAAUGUUAUCAGGCUAAUGUGCUGCUUACACAAUGUGUUGCUGCAUGAAGAGAAAAACUCACAAUGAAGAUCACAGUGAGUAGUGGCUGAAAGACAAUAUUUGUUUUUGUGAGGGAUUUUCAAAUUCAUUGUCGACGGACAUCACCCCAGUAGAGAUGCAUUUGGUACUAAUCUUUUGUAGUGCUGAGAGCUUUGUGUUUUUCCUCCCUAAUAUUCGGCGAAAGGCAAACACUUUCUUCUCUAAUCUCUGGCAACAACAUGCAACAGGGAUUAGUGGGUGACCUUAUGUAACAGAUUUGUGUUAAACCUUGUCUCUCCUCGCUACCCGAAGCAUCCCCUCUGAUCCCCUGCAACCUCGCUGGGAGAAGGCACAUGUGAAUUCCCCCUUUGACGGGUACAGCUGAGCUCGCAGACUCCUGCAACUUAGCACUCGGCCAUUUUUAAGUGGAAUUUUAGGCGGAACCGAUAAAGAAUGGAAUCAACAAUAUCCAGCUCACUGUGAGACUGCUGCAGUAAUACUCACGGAAAUGAAAUUCAUGCUGCUAGAUUUAAUCAAUGGGCCAAGUACAUACAAAUAGCAGCCACCAGCUGACAAGCUUUCCUUUCACUCUGUGACUCCAAGACUGUACAACAUUUAAAUGUCAUAUCCACGUGGACUGGCAGGAAAAGGUGAGGUCAAUCUUGGCUAAAAUGAACAUGCAGUACUCUUUCACUUUGAAUCAAUUUUUUUAGAUUCAAAGGUACAAUAUGAAAGAAGUAGCUACCUGUCCAAUUAAUACUCAAAACCCGAAAGUGAGCAGGAUAUCACUGGAGUGACCGCUAAAUACGGUAUAGUGUUUACACCACUAGCACAAGAACUUUGAAACAGGAUAGCUGGAGAACUUCAGUAGAUAUUUCUGCAUCACAAUACAUGGACGUCAUAAUGUCAAAACUGCUUA